AUGGCGGAUCAACUUGCGGAGGCCACCGCCAAGUUGGUGCUAGACGAUGAGACGGGUGAGAUGGUAUCCAAGAACGAACUGAAGAAGCGAUUGCAGAAGCGCGCGAAGAAGCAAGCACGCGCCACUCAAGCAGCGAGUAAGCCGGCCGCGGCGCCCAAGGCUCCCAAAGAAAAGGUGGACGACAAACCGCAGCCCAAUGGGUACCUUCACCUUGGACACGCCAAGGCGAUUGCCAUCAACUUUGGCUUCUCCGCGUAUCACGGAGGAAAGACUUACCUACGGUUCGAUGAUACCAACCCCGAUGCCGAAGAGAAGAUCUAUUUUGAUGCAAUCGAAGAUAUUGUUAGGUGGUUGGGCUUUACCCCUUGCGAAGUAACGUACUCGAGCGACAACUUCCAGAAGCUGUAUGAUCUUGCCGAGAAGCUCAUCCAAUUGGAAAAGGCCUACGUCUGUCACUGCAAUGAAGACGAGAUCAAGCUCCAGCGCGGUGGGAAGGAUGGCAAGGAAGGCCCCAGAUAUCGCUGCAAGGAUGCGGAGCAGGACAUUGAGACCAACCUCCAGAAGUUUCGCGACAUGCGAGACGGCAAAUACGCACCCAAGACGGCGUUCCUCCGAAUGAAGCAAGAUAUCGAGAACGGGAACCCUUGCAUGUGGGAUGUUGCGGCCUAUCGUAUCCCCCAGAACCAAACGCCGCACUUCAGGGCGCCGGACUGGAAGAUUUUCCCCACCUACGACUUCACUCACUGUCUUUGCGAUAGCUUCGAGGGAGUCACCCACAGUCUCUGCACGACCGAAUUUAUCCUGGCUAGGGAGAGCUACGACUGGCUGACCAAGAGCCUCGGCGUGUACGAGCCGAUGCAGAGGGAGUUUGGCAGGUUGAACGUUUCGGGAACGAUCAUGAGCAAGCGCAAUUUGAAGGCGCUAGUUGACAAGGGCAUUGUCCGGGGAUGGGACGACCCUCGUCUGUACACUCUUAUUGCGAUUCGCCGGCGUGGUGUACCACCUGGAGCCAUCCUUUCGUUCGUAUAUGAACUCGGUGUCACUACUGCGCGAACCGUCAUUCAAGUCGCUCGCUUCGAGCAGACCGUCCGCCGCUACCUCGAAUAUACAGUGCCUCGGUUGAUGAUGGUUCUGGAUCCGAUCCCGGUCGUGAUUGAGGAUAUCCAAGAGGGGGAUCCUAUUGAGCUCGAUAUCCCAUUCUCUCCAAAGGACGCCUCCUUUGGGUCGCAUAAGCUUUCCAUCACGAGAACCGUCUACAUUGACCGAUCAGACUUCCGCGAGGUGGACAGCAAGGACUAUUAUCGGCUUGCGCCCGGGAAGGCUGUGGGACUUCUCCAAGCGCCACACCCCAUUAUCGCCAAUUCUUUCGACAAGGACGAAGCCACGGGACUAGUGACAAAAGUGUACGCGUCAUUCGACAAAGAGGGCAAGGUCAAGCCCAAGACGUACAUUCAGUGGGUGCCUGACGGUUCUCGCGAGGUGGAGGCCCGCGUUUACAAUCAACUCUUCAAGUCGGAUGACCCCAUGGGUGUUGAGGGAGGGUUUUUGACCGACAUUAACGAGGGUAGCGAGACGGUUUACGCCAAGGCACGUGUUGAGACGGGCUUCGAAGAGGUCCGGAGGCGGGCGCCGUGGCCAGCAACGGCAGGCGAGGGGAGCGGUACGGCCCGUCCGGAGGCCGUGCGAUUCCAGGCCAUCCGCGUGGGCUACUUUGCUAUGGAUUCGGACAGCACAGACGACAAGAUUGUGCUCAACCGCAUUGUUUCGUUGAAGGAGGACUCUGGAAAGAAAGUAACCGGUUGA